AUGUCGUCUCGCCUGACUCCAUCGCUCCCUGAAGCAAGGCAGGAGCAGCCAUACAUGAGAGUCUCCGCUUUGGAAUCGGGGUUUCUCGAGCUCCGCAUGCGCCUCUUUGUGGCGGGUUCGGGUCCCAACAAAUCCGUAAUGUCCCCAUCUCUAUCGUUUUCUCUCCGUCACUCAGCGUCGGGAGAUCAUCUACUCUUCGACCUCGGCAUCAGAAAGAAGUGGCAAACACACCCGCCUGCUGUUCAGCAACUGAACGCGGGCCGGGAGGUCCUCGCAUUGCAGAGUGUCGACGAGAGCCUACGUAAAGGAGGCAUCGAGCCAGCGAACGUCAAUACUGUGAUAAUCAGUCACUUACAUUGGGACCACGUCGGCGACACCUCGUCCUUCCCGAAUGCAACAUUCAUCCUAGGCGGCGAAGCGGAGGAUCUUAUCACACAUGCCUAUCCGUCCGAUCCCGACUCCCCCUGCCUCCAGACCGCCGUCCCGCUAGAGCGCGCCCGGUUCCUCAACGCGGAGUUCACGCAGGCCAUCGGGCCUUUCCCGCGCGCAUACGACUACUUCGGCGACGGCAGCGUGUACAUCAUCGACGCCCCGGACCACCUCGCCGGACAUAUUAACGUCCUCGCGCGCACGAACGCGACCGGGUCCUGGAUCUACCUCGCGGGCGACAGUGCUCACGACGCGCGCAUCAUCACGGGAGAGCGGGAGGUCGCUGUCGCGCUCCAGCCAGACGGCCAUGUGCGCUGCAUCCAUUCGGACAAGAAGGCGGCGGAGGAACAUAUCCGGCGCGUGCGCACGCUGCUCGACGAGCCGAAGGUGCUGAUUCUGCUGGCGCACGACCGUCAGUGGUACGAAGAUAACAAGGAUCGAGGCGUGUUUCUACCAGGCGCCAUCGAACCGCAGUAG